AUCAUUUCAGUGCGAGGUCAUUGAAACACGGCGCGGAUGCGCGGAGAUGCGCGCGCGCAAGGACACAGGAUAUUUUCCUAUAAAAUGUGGGGCGACACCUUGCGGCUACAGUAUCUAAAGAGGCACCACCACGGAAGGACAUCACGAUGAGACUGCUGUGUAUUUUCGCCGCCAUUCUGGCCUUCUCUUUGGGCGAAGAAUCUGCUACAACUAAACCAUUAGAAGACUUAGAAGCUGUCGCUACAGUUGAACUUCUGAAAGAAAACCACGAUGUCCUCCAGCCAGCAGCGAGCAGUUAUACUACCCCUAGAGAAAAAAAAUGGACGAACUUAAAGAGCAAUAAUCCUAAUUAUUAUCCUCAGAACAACUAUGUUUCUCAAAGUAACUACGUUCCUCCCCAAAAUAACUAUGUCCCCCCACAGAAUAGCUAUAUCCCUCCACAAAAUAAUUACGUACCUCCUCAGAAUAAUUACAUCCCUCCUCAAAACGACUAUGUGCCGCCACAAAAUAAUUACGUUCCGCCCCAAAACACAUAUGUACCCCCUCAAAAUACAUAUGUCCCCCCUCAGAAUACAUAUGUCCCUCCUCAAAAUAACUACGUUCCCCCUCAAAACACCUACGUACCUCCACAAAACAACUACGUCCCUCCCCAAAAUAAUUAUGUUCCACCCAACAACAACUGGUACAAUCCUCAACAACAGACUUCUUCUACGACGACUCCUAGUUCGCUGAUCAAAAACGACAUUACAUAUGGUGACAACGGCAGUUACAAAUAUGAGUACGAAAUUGCUGACGGGACGUACGCUUCCGAAGAAGGAUACUCCAUUAACCCGAAUACAGAAAAUGAGAGCAUUGUAAAAAUUGGCAAGUACAGCUAUCCAGGACCUGAUGGGAAAGUCUACACGGUCACAUACUGGGCUGACCAUACUGGCUUCCACGCGACCGGUGACCACAUACCUACACCACCACCGAUUCCGCCCGCAAUCCAAGCGUCCAUCGAACAAAAUGCUAAGGAAGAAGCGGCCAGAGCUGAAGCCGAAAAGAACAAACCACAACAAACUUAUUAUCCCAGUCAAACUGUAAAACCCCAGCAAACAUAUUACCCCCCACAACAAACCUACUAUCCUCCACAACAGACUUAUUAUCCUCCGCAACAAACUUAUUAUCCUCAACAACAAAAUCCAAGUUACGGCAAAUAGACUUAUAAAAUAAUUUAGUAUAGUCUACAAUUACGACAAAUAUGAAAAUCCGAUAUUCCGAACAGUAAAUGUCGAAAGUAAUGAAUCUUUAAGAAAUUAUCUAAAUUUCUUAUUGCCAAUUUAUUACUUUUCGUAAAUAAAUUUUAAAUUUAAUGAAUACAAAAUUUAUUGUAUACAAAAAGACAUCUUUUAUCCACUAUCUUUACCUCGGAAUAAAUUUCGAAGAAUCACUAAUUAUAGCAGUGAUUUGAUUCACGAUUUCUAUUGUGAAUUUGAUUACUGCUAAUAAGAAAGGUUGUGAUAUUGUUAAGAGUGUUCAAAGCCAAGUGAUAAUGUAUUAAUAAAUAUAAUUUGUGAUAACAAUUAAAUGUUUUUUAUUUUA